AAUUGAGCCAGACAUGAUGAGCUAAUAGCCAAUCCGAUGUAAGGUCACAUCUUGCCUGAUCACUGGAGCGAGACACUCAACCCGGUUGCUUGGACACGGAGCACAGUGAACGCGCUUGGGGUAACCCUAUCCAGAGAAGACACCGGGAUCGAGCUUCACUCUUCCAGCAUCUGCUAUCUAGUACUUGAGAUCGUUUUAUAGCAUUCGUGGUUUAGACAUGAGGGGAAAUCGACAAAAGCACAAUGUCCUUUUCCAUGCUGAAUUACAGGAAUAAUCGUGUGGAUAUCCAGUGAUUACUGUGGUUGUGCUCGUCGCGUAACACGAUGCCUAGCCUUCAAAAGAAAAUAAUUUUCUCUGUUUCUGGCGUGCUUUGCUUUGGUUGUGUUCUGGUCGUGGCGGCCGCGAUGGGGACGCAGUUUUGGGUUCAAGCGGCGGUUCUGUGCAGGACGGGUGCGCAGAUCGUCAACGCGUCCGGGGCAGAGCUGGACAAGUUCAUCGGGAGGACGAACUACGGGCUUUUCCAAGGCCAGGGGAUGAAACAGUGUGGUCUGGGAGACAGACCCUUUUAUUUCUCUUUUUUCCCUGACCUGAUGGAUGUGAUCCCAGCCAGUCUUCAUGUGAGCGUGAUCUUCUUCUGCGCGGUGCUCAUCGUCUUCUCCUCAGUGUCCUGUGCCUUCUUCUUUUACAAUGCUUUCGGAAGCCCAUAUGAGACGCUGCAUGGACCCCAGGGCCUUUACCUCUGGAACAUGAUAAGCUGUUUCUGUGCCUGCAUGAUCCUCAUCCUGUUCUCCUCAGAGGUCAAACUGCACCACCUGACCGAGACCAUUUUCAACUUCAACGAGGCCAGUUUUGUCUACAAGAAGCAGAACGAGAGGUACGACAGAUCCUUCUGGCUCAUCUUCCUCACCUUCCUCAUGCAUGGUCUCAACAUCUUGCUCAUCCGCCUGGCCGGGAUCCAGUUCCCUUUUCAGGAGGCCAAAGAGCCUGAUGCGAGCACAGGAGCGGCGGAUCUCAUGUACUGACCAGCUCUUUUGUUCUUCUGCUCCCCCCGCAGCGACUAGCACUUCUCAACAGGAGUCUUCUGAUGAGCUGCAUCCGUUUUGUUUACAGCUGAACACAUCUGAGCCUCUUAAGCUAUUGAGACCACGUGUGGUGAUGAACUUGGAGAUGCCCGUGUGUUUGGAGAGAAGGGUUCUUAUCUCACAGCGGGGAGGCGGGAGGGAGGCUGAUGGAGCAUUCAUUCUGUCAAUCGCUCAAACAAUUAACGUUCACCAUUUCAAACGGCUGAUGAAAACACCCUCUAGUUUCCAGUCUGGCUGGGGACAUGACAGUUUCCUUUGGUUGUGGAUCUUUUGUAAUCCAGUUGUGGCACAAAGGGAUGUGACAGUUGGCAAUUCUACAGUGACCCUAGAAAGUUUUGACACUUAAGCCACACUUAAAUAUGUAUGAAUGUCUUUGCAUUAGAUAACAAAAUGACAAACCAAGCUUUCAAACAGAAUAUUGCACAAAAAUAAGUUUGUUUGACUUCAUACAUCCAAUUA